AUGUCAUCAGAGGACAAGAGUCUUGAGGCCUCUGAGCACGGACCAUCGCCGCCGCCAGCUGGCGGGGGGGCCACCCCCGCUGGCAGCCCCGCCCCCUCAGACAAGCGCCCCCGCGGCCGGCCUCGCAAGGAUGCUGUCGCCGCCCCACCCAAGCCCCGAAAGAAGCCCCGCAGCCGAGGAAAGGCGGCGGGUGACGAUGAGGACAGUAUGGACGGGACUGAGGCGGUGGAAUCCGAGAGCCCUCAGCAGAUGGAAACAAAGGAGCCGCAGAAGGUGAGCGAGGGAGGCCAGCCCACGGAAGGUUCCGGAGAACCAGCCAUCUCACCGACCACGCCGCCCCAGCACCCGGAGCCAGCUGCAUCAGAGGCCAGAGGGAGCGAGCAGCUGUGCGCCUUGUGUCACUGUGGGGCACGCAGCCUCCUGGGGCAGGGCGAGCUGAGGUGGUUUGGACCGCAGCCGGGACAGAUUCCCCAGGCCGAUCCCGGAGGGAGCGGUGGGCAGCGAGACCAGGAGCCCAUUACCGGUCCCGGGCAGACCCCCGCAAGUGCUGCCCCCUCUUGGCCAGCAGAGGAGCCGUCCAGCAAGUCGUGGGACGAGCUGGGCCGGGUGGGCCUUCCCGAUGACGUUGACGUGCGGUCGCUCUUCGACCCGGCAGGGCGAUGCCUCGUUCACCAGCGCUGUGCGUCGUGGUCAGAGGUUGUCAGCCAGGGGGGAGGCCAGGCGCUGGAGAGAGCCAUCCACUCAGGGAGCACACAGCGGUGUGCAUACUGUAAACGCCUUGGAGCGUCCGUCAGGUGCUGUGAGGAGACGUGCCAGCGCUCGUACCAUUACCCGUGUGCCCCUGCGGCCGGAACCUUCCAGGACAUCCGGAGCUACAGUCUCCUGUGUCCCGAGCACAUCCAGCAGGCCGUCGAGCGCGCCAAGGAGCAGGCCAACUGCGCGGUGUGUGACAGCCCCGGCGAUCUGCAUGACCAGUUGUUCUGCACCAGCUGUGGGCAGCACUACCACGGCGUGUGCCUGGACGUGGCCCCCACCCCGCUCAAGCGGGCCGGCUGGCAGUGUCCUGAGUGCAAGGUGUGCCAGACAUGCAAAAACCCGGGAGAAGACAGCAAGAUGCUGGUGUGUGACAUGUGUGACAAAGGCUACCACACCUUCUGUCUGCAGCCUGUGAUGGAGUCCAUCCCCACGAAUGGGUGGAGGUGUAAGUACUGCAGGGUGUGCGUCCAGUGUGGCACCAGGACCAGUUCUCAGUGGCACCACAACUGCCUGCUGUGUGAGGGCUGCUUCCAGCAGCAGGACCCGACGGGAUCCUGCCUGGUCUGCGGGAAUGCUGGGAACCCAGAGCUCCAGAAGGAUGUGCUGUCCUGUCACCUCUGCAAAAGGUGGCUCCACCCGGAGUGCGAGCAGCCGGCCGAGAGGGACGCAGAGGCCCCGCAGAGGGAGGGGUAUGUCUGCGCAGACUGCAGGCAGGCAGAGCUGGAUGGCGCCCCGGAGGAGGGGGCCCAUGCCGUCACAGAGGCAGUGCCAGCUGCAGAUGUUGGCGGUGAGGCCGCAGAGGAGCGUGUGGAGGAGCGUGCGGCGGAUGGAGGAGACCCGGAGGAGGAGGCCUCAGCUGUUCUACUGGCCCCGGAGAUCGAUGCCCCAGAGGUUCCGACGUCACCGGCGCCGGUUGUGGUUUCCGUGGAGCCGGAGGCAGCGAGCCCUUCCAUGACCCGCAAGGACGAGUGCUCCGACAUCACGACUGGAGCCUCGGAACCAGAGGAGCCCAUGGAUUUCCCCCCCAAGGACGUGGGCGCCCCACCCCAGGAGGCCGAGCAGACGGCAGGGGCAGCCGAAAAGACUCUGGAUUCUCCUACCAAAGAGACCAACUUGAUUGCGGAAGAAACAAUGGAGGUCUCUCCCACGGAACAUUCUAGAAUGUCUGGAAUAGACCAAACGGCCGAUUCCGGGGGCGAAAGGCCACCGCCGCCGGAGACUGUCGUCCGGAUAGCGUCGGUAUCCGCGGAGGAGGCCCCUCCUGGCUCAGAGCCCAGUCCUCCUUCGGAGGCGGACUGCGCUCCCACCAGCGAGCCGGCCCGCUUCGAUUUCAGCCCCCCUGCUGAGGACACGCCUUCGAGGCCAUUUGUGGCAGAGUCGGCAUUGGGAAGUCCUGCCAAGGCGGCUCUGUCCCCACCGUCUGCGGAGGCCUCCCCCAGGGAGCCCCCUCCCAGCCAGACCACCCCCACUCUACUCGAGCAAGCCAUACCUUCGACCACCUUCAUCUCAAUGACGCCUAAAAUCGGCAUGGGGAAGCCCGCCAUCUCCAAGAGGAAGUUCUCCCCUGGAAGACCACGAGCGAAGCAGGGAGCAUGGAGCACCUAUGGCAGUGUGAGCUCACCGUCGUGGUCCCCGGACCGCUCGGACGGGUGGGACGCCCCAAAGACGAGGCAGGGUCCCGGCUCGCCUCCCUGGAGCAUCAGAGUGGGACGAGGAUCUGGCUUCCCGGGAAAGAGGAGGCCUCGGGGGUCGGGCCUGUCCGGGAGAGGAGGCCGGGGCCGCUCCAAGCUAAAGAACGGCGUUGCCCCCAUCGUGGCUCCUGGGGUGAGCAUCCCGGAGACAGUGUACGUGGUGAAGGAGGAGGAGGAAAGCGCCAUGCACAGCACCAUGGUCAUGUUCUCCAGCAGUGACGGCUUCACCCUCAAGCAGGACAUGUGCGUGGUCUGUGGUAGUUUCGGGCAGGGUGCUGAGGGCCGGCUCCUGGCCUGCGCCCAGUGUGGCCAGUGCUACCACCCCUUCUGUGUCAACAUCAAGAUCACCAAGGUGGUGCUCAGCAAAGGAUGGCGCUGUCUGGAGUGCACGGUGUGCGAAGCAUGUGGACAGGCCACAGACCCGGGCCGCCUGCUGCUGUGUGACGACUGCGACAUCAGCUACCACACCUACUGCCUGGACCCGCCCCUGCAGACUGUGCCCAAGGGCAGCUGGAAGUGCAAGUGGUGCGUUUCCUGUACGCAGUGCGGCGCCACAACUCCAGGACUGCGCUGCGAGUGGCAGAACAACUACACACAGUGCGGCCCCUGCGCCAGCCUGGCCACGUGCCCACUCUGUGCCCGUAGCUACUGCGAAGACGAGCUCAUCAUCCAGUGCCGCCAGUGUGACAGGUGGAUCCACGCUUCCUGCAUAGGCCUGAACUCUGAGGAGGAAUUGGAGAACGCGCCCGACAGUAGCUUCGACUGUAGCACCUGCAGGGCACAGACGGCACCGUCCCAGGUGCUGCUGCCCCCUCCCGUGCCCGCGACCCAGAUCGUCACCGAACCGGUGGAGCCCAUACCUGCUCCGCAGAUCAUGACCAAGACCAAGGAGCUUGAGCCGGGCCGGACGUACACCCAAGACGGCGUGUGCCUGACGGAGCUGGGCCUGUGCCAGCUGCAGAGCCUGGCGGGCCACGGGCCUCGGCGCCGGCGAUCGAAACCCAAGCUGAAGCUGCGGAUCAUCAACCAGAACAGCGUGGCGGUGCUGCAGGCCCCGGCGGACCCGCAGUCCGAGCACUCCCGCGACGGGGAGCUGGAUGAGAGCAGAGAGGGUGAACUUUUGGACUGUGAUGGCAAGUCAGACUCCAGCCCCGAGCGGGAACCUGCUGAUGAAGACUCCAAAGGGCCCGAGGGAGCCGACGGGGCCAAGAAGAGGAAGAGGAAACCGUACCGACCAGGCAUUGGUGGAUUCAUGGUACGACAGAGAAGUCGAACUGGCCAAGGGAAGAACAAACGCUGUCUUACCAGGAAGGAUUCCUCAGGCUCUGUGUCUGAGAACCUUCUCGGCAAGGAUGAAGGUUGGACUGAGAUGCCAGAUACGCCAGUAGACGAGACUGCCCCUGGCUCCGAGGGUCUAGAAAAAGCUAAGAAGCGUUACAGGAAGCGCAGAAGCAAACUGGAAGAGGAAUUCCCCUCGUACCUGCAGGAAGCCUUCUUUGGGAAGGACCUGCUGGACAGGAGCAAGCAGAACCGGCAGUCCCUGGAGCCUGGGCUUUCUGACGACGACCGGGCUCAGUCCGACAGCAAGCCCGCCCACGCUGGCUUCCUGGACCGCCACCCGGGCCCCCUGCUCGGCUCAGCCGCCCCGCCCCUCUCUGCCAAAUCCGGUCCUCUGCCCAGCACCGAGGACCCCUUGCUGGACCUGUCGGAGGUGCUGACCACGGACAACGACAUCCUGGGAAUGCUGUCGGGGGAUCUGGUGAAGCCAGCCGAGCAUCGAGUUCCUCUAGGUCUUCAUUUAAGCCGUUUCCAGGUCGAGAGCUGCACCUCUCCAUUUGCUGGUCUGAGCAUUGGCCCCCUUGCAGACGACUCUGCCACAGUCCCUCCGACACCCCCCGGGCGAGGAGCCCGACCUCUACCGGAGGAGCCUCUGGAUGGGAUUCUGAGUCCCGAGCUGGACAAAAUGGUCACUGAUGGUGCGAUUCUCAGCAGGCUUCAGCAAAUUCCAGAGCUGGAGGGGAAGGAUGUCGAAGACCUUUUCACAGCAGUCCUGAGUCCCAGCACCAGCCAGCCUCCUCUGCCUCAGGUGCCACCAUCCUCAGCCAUGCCGCUGUCAAACCCAGGAAAUGCCAUUUUUCCACGCAUGCCGAUGAUGAAUGGUCUCAUGGGACAGAACCCAAACUUCCCUCCAGUGUCUGUGAAUCCUGGGAGAGGCGCGUGUGUCCCAAACACCUUUCCUCCUGUUCAGUGCCUGCCUUUCCACGAUGGCAUGAGAGACAAGACAUUUCGGCAAAUGCCCAGAGAGCCGGCAGGCCCAUGGAGCGCAGCUGGCCCCGCCCCCUCGCUCGAGGGCGAGACAGACACCAUGUCCAACACCCAGAAGAACACCCUCAAGUGGGAGAAGGAGGAAUCGCUGGGCGAGGCAGCCACAGUGGCCCCUGUCCUUUACACUAACAUGAACUUCCCCGGCCUCAAGGAGGAAUUUCCAGACUGGUCUACAAGAGUCAAGCAAAUUGCAAAGCUGUGGCGAAAAGCCAGCUCCCAGGAACGGGCACCAUAUGUGCAAAAGGCUCGAGACAAUAGGGCCGCACUCCGCAUUAACAAAGUGCAGAUGUCCAAUGAGUCCAUGAAAAGGCAACAGCAGCAGCAGCAACAGCAACAGCAACAACAGCAGCAGCAGCAACAGCAGCAGCAGCAACAACAACAGCAACAACAACAACAGCAGCAGCAGCAGCAGCAGCAGCAGCAGCAGCAGCAGAUGGACAUGUUUGACCCCAGCAUCCCCUUGGACUCUGAGCUGCUCUUCAAGGACCCUCUGAAACACAAGGAAUCUGAGCAUGAACAGGAGUGGAAGUUCAGACAGCAAAUGAGACAGAAAAGCAAACAGCAGGCAAAGAUCGAAGCCACACAGAAGCUCGAACAGGUUAAGAGUGAGCAGCAGCAGCUCCAGCAGCAACAACAGAUGGGUGGUCGAUCUGAAGGGGACACACCCAGUAGCGGCAGUCAAAGUCCCAUCGCCUGUCAGUCCGCUAAUGGUAACAUGUCGCCCAUGCAGCAGACAGUGCCCAAGGAUGGGUUUCCUCGCCCGCAACUCCCUGGAACACCUACGUCAGGGUCGUCUGAUGAUGUCUUCCUGCGUCCCCCACCUCCUCCCCCAGCUGGUGUACGGCUGCCGGUUCAGGAUGGGGGUGCCUGUCCGCCACACGGGCCAUCCUCCCAGCCACAGUCCCCGCAAAGAUUCUCUCCUAGCACGAGUGGCUCCAGACCUUCCUCCCCCUGGGACCCGUAUGCCAAAAUGGUGGGGACUCCUCGGCCACCCCCGAUUGCAUCAAGCACACCUCGUAGGAGUUCUGUCGACUCAGGAAAAUCUCCCAGAGCAGAACAGCAAGAACGAGAGCGACCAUCUCCUGUCCAUGAAUCAUUCAGCUCUCCGACUUCCAUGAGCAGUGACCCCUAUGCUAAACCGCCUGACACCCCCAGACCUGCAACAAUAGCAGACCCAUUUCUGAAGCCUAUGGGGCCACCAAGGUCAUGCUCUGCUUCUGAGCAGCAGGGAAGGCAAAUGAUGAGUUCACCGGCAGGCAACACAUUUGCCAGACUAGCACUUCGAAAUGAGAGCUACCAGCGGAUGCCCCCAAACAGGAUGAUUCUGUCAGACCCCUAUUCUAGGCCUCUGCUGACACCUAUUCCCGGAAGCAAUGAGUCUGGAUCUGUCCCAUUGUUCAAAACCCCAAUGCCCCCUAAUCAGUCACAUGAUCCUUUUAGCACCAUGCAUUCUACGCACAGACCUUCGGAGGGAUUUUCUCAAAAUCAACAGAUUGACCCAUAUGCACACCCUCCCCUUACUCCUCGUCCCUCAGUAAAUGACAGUUUUUCACAUCCUUCCAGAAUGGCUCGACAUCCCCAGGGCAUCACCUUUUCUCAGUCUGGACCUAUGGUACAGGUGCCUUCUCGAGAUCCAUAUAGCCAAACUGCUUCUGACCCCUAUGCUCAACCUCCUGGUACCCCUCGACCUUUACCUGACCCUUAUACCCAACCCCCUGGUACUCCUCGACCUUUACCUGACCCUUAUGCCCAACCCCCUGGAACUCCUCGACCUGUAUCUGACCCUUAUGCCCAACCCCCUGGUACUCCUCGACCUGUAUCUGACCCUUAUGCCCAACCCCCUGGUACUCCUCGACCUGUAUCUGACCCCUACAGCCAAUCUCAUGGUACUCCUCGUUCUUUGUCUGACCCUUACGCCCAGCCACCUGGCACUCCUCGGCCUUCAUCUAACCCUCGACUUGCUGCUGUGGAGCAGUACCCCCAGCAAUCUCAACCACAGCCUUCCAGUCGCAGACAAUCACCAUCACAUUCAGUAGACCCUUAUGCUCAGCCACCAGGAACUCCACGUCCAGUAAUGGGAGAAAGUUUCUCCAAAUCCCCAGGUAGCCAGAGAAGUGUUGAUCCUUAUCUGCACUCUCAGAGGACUCCAAGACUCUUGAAUAGCGGUCCAUAUGGCCAACCGCCUGGCACACCUAGACCCUUUUUGAGCGAUCCCUAUGCUCAGCCUCCAGGAACACCACGGCCUGGUACCAGCACAGAAGUGUUUAACAGACCAGUCGCAAGGCCCUUGCUGACCCCACAAGACCCUUUCUCCCCACCUCAGGGUGGGAUGCAGGAUACCUUUGUACAGCCAGUAGCCCCUGGCUCUCAAACACCAAAGCACACCGGAUUGUCUGAUGAUGGAUUUGCACAGCCCCAAUCUAACCCACCCAACCAGACUCCCAUUCAUGACCCUUAUGAGCCGGCCCCAAUGACCCCUCAGCCGCUGGUACCCGAAAGACUCAAUCAUGACCUGAAGGAUCAGCAAGGAGUAGGGCCUGAGGUCAGUUCCCAGGAUAUAGCACAGUUCUCUGAUAUCCCACAAACCACUGGAACAGUCUCUGAUAUUCAGACUGGAGGACAUCAAAUUCUAGAUGACAAAGAGGAAACACUUAGGAAGCGCCAGCGGAUCCGGGAGCUAAUUCGCAGGCAGCAGCAGCAGAAGAGUGCUCUCCGGCAAGAGAAGGGCCUACCAGACCCUGCCACAACUCCUGUACCUGGAACUCCUCACCAGGAAAACUUGGGCCAGCAGAAUGAGAUGUUUGGCAGGCCUCCUCCCCCAUACCCUGGGACCAUGAAAGGCCCACUGAGGGUUCCAAAACCUUUCCCCAGUGACCAGCAAGGUCAUUUCCCCAGUGAAGGGCACUUUCCUAGACCUCAGUUUACAGGGGAAAUGAACAACAUGGGCAUGCGACCACAUGGGUUAAGGUUUGGGUUUCCCACAGCGGCACAGGGGCCACAUGGGAGCCAGGAACACUUUGUUAAGCCACAUCAGAUUCCUGAACCCAUGAUGGAUCUCCCCCCGCAAAUGAGAAGGUCUGUGUCCAUUGACCUUGGAAGAGCAAUGGGGAACAACCAGAUCGGGCUUCGUCACUUUCCCCCCAGAGGUUUGCAGGUGCAACAGCACAACAUAAUGGGGCAGCCGUAUAUAGAACUGAGACACAGAUCCCCCGAGAACAGAGUGAGGCUUCCCUUUGGAUCUUCUGCUGUACCAGGAAAUGGGGAUCCUUCCAUUCAGGCAGAAGCACCACCAGGAUUUAUGAGUGAACAGGAGGAUGGCUUCCCUGUAAAUCAGGGGCCUAAAACGAUGGACCCUAUGGUGAACCAGUGUUCAGCAAUUGCUAACCAAAUGUCAUCCAGUAUGGAAAACCUGCAUCAGCAGCCUAUGCCAAUGAACUCGGGGCCUCAGCAUCCUCCUCUUAUGCGCUCUUUAAGCCAUCCAUCAUCAACCGAAGCCUUAAAUCCACCUUCAUCCAUCAUGCUCCCAGCACCAACCGUGGAACCAGCAGAGGAGAUUCCAAUACCCAGCACAGAUGGAAUUGAAGAAAAACUGGACACUGAUGACUCAGCUGUAAAAGAUCUGGAAGAUGUAGAAGUCAAAGACUUAGUAGAUGAUGACCUCGAAAAUCUCAAUCUUGAUCCUGAGGACGGCAAGGACUUGGACCUUGAGACCAAUGAUUUGCAUCUUGAUGACUUCCUCACGUCUGGAAAAUUUGACAUAAUUGCUUACACAGAUCCCGAACUUGAUCUGGAGGAUAAGAAGGACAUGUUCAAUGAAGAGCUGGAUCUCGGAGAUCCCAUUGAUGAUGGUGGUGAGCCUUCGGACUUGCAGAACGUACUGUCUGAGAAGAAUAACACCAGCUCCAAUAGCACUGAGUUGCCUUCCAAAGUGACCACAGAGCCUGGAACAGGAAAAUCAGAGAAAAUGCCAGAGAGGUCUUCAGCUCAGGUCAAACAGGAGACCACCUCUCAUAGCCAUCCCCUGUGCGCAAAGAAAAUUGUUAAAUCUGAAGUCAAAGACGGUCAGGCAUCUGCUGAGGAGACUCCUGCCUGCAGAGGUCAACAUGAUGGAAGAAUAGUGCCUCACAAGGAGGGUCUUGGAGAUAGCCCCAGGCUCCUGGAAACAUCUGUUCAUCAGGCUCUUCAGGUUUCAGCCAACGGGCUUUCCGAUUCGACUCCAGUCCUUUCACGCCUGCUGAUCAAGGAGAACUUGGAAGAGGCUGCACUCAGCUCAACGAGCUCUUCUAGUCAGAGUGACCUAACGGCUCAAACUAGCCAAAUGAAGGGAGGACAGCAGACUCCGAACAUGAUGAUGACGGCGGCACAGAUCCCUGACCAUGCGAUGAAUCCCAGUAUGGCUGUGGGUCAUCUCAUGAACCCCAUACAAGGAGCGUCACCUGGAAAUCUAAAUCUCGUACAAGGGCAGCCCUCAUGUCAGGCUUUUGCGGAUGACCUGCCGGCAGACUCAACACUUGCUCUGGAGAAUCAGCAGCUGCCUGGGACCAUGACCCAAGCACAGGCCCAGCAGGCUAUGUUUACUCAGGGCUUGAGCCAGCAGAACCAGCAAAACAGACCCCUGCUUCUGGAUGAACAGCCCCUCCUUCUGCAGGACCUGCUAGACCAGGAAAGACAGGAGCAGCAGCAGCAGAGGCAAAUGCAGGCCAUGAUUCGCCAAAGAUCAAGUGAUUCUUUCUUCCCCAACGUUGACUUUGACGCCAUCACUGACCCCAUCAUGAAAGCCAAGAUGGUCGCUCUGAAGGGAAUCAACAAGGUCAUGGUGCAGAACAACAUGGGAAUGGCACCAAUGGUCAUGAACCGGUUCCCAGUAAGUGGCCCACAGGCACCAGCUUCUCAAUGUCACAGCAGUGGAGUAAUCCCCCAGCAGGCAAUGGGCCAGGAUGGGAAGUUGGCGCCCCAUAUCGUACGACCUAGUCCUCCUAAUUUUGGGCCGGGAUUUUCCAAUGACACCCAGAGGAAGCAGUAUGAGGAGUGGCUUCAGGAGACCCAGCAGCUGCUGCAGAUGCAGCAGAAGUUUCUGGAAGAGCAGAUCGGGGCCCACAGGAAGUCCAAGAAAGCGCUGUCGGCAAAGCAGCGCACGGCCAAGAAGGCGGGUCGCGAGUUCCCCGAGGAGGACGCUGAGCAGCUGAAGCACGUGACGGAGCAGCAAGGCGUUGUGCAGAAGCAGCUGGAGCAGAUCAGGAAGCAGCAGAAGGAGCACGCUGAGCUGAUUGAGGAGUACCGCGUCAAACAACAACAGCACUGCGGCCUACAGCCGCCCAUGAUGACCAGCAUGCAGGGCCAGACGCCCCCUGUCUCUGGGGGCCCAUCCAUCAACCAGCCUGUGGGCCAGCUUCACCCGGGCCCCCAGCCCAGUGCCCCUCGCUGGCACCCAGGCUCCCCGGCCCCUACCAUGGGCCCCCGGAUGCCCUCCCUCUUGCCUCCUCCGCAGGUACCCCCAGCUAACCCCGGCCCCCCUCCCACACUCCCGCCGGCCGCGAAGAUGGCAGACGUAGCGGCGGCAGCCGGCGAAUCCCCACAAGUGAAGUUUGAUGACAACAACCCGUUCAGCGAGGGCUUCCAGGAGAGGGAGCGCAAGGAGCGGCUGCGGGAGCAGCAGGAGCGACAGCGGGUGCAGCUGAUGCAGGAGGUGGAGAGGCACCGUGCCCUGCAGCAGCGCCUGGAGAUGGAGCGGCAAGGUCUGGGGGCGCAGGACAGGACGCCGGGGGGCAUCUACAGCACCGACGUACCCCGGGAGUUUAUGCAGCCAUCGAGGCCCCAACAGCCUCUGGGCCAGAUGUUUCCCCAGCAGCCCAACACACAGCCAGGCUUCAUGGGAUCUCCUCCAGUCCAUUUCACGCCAGGUGGAGAUCACCGGGCUUUUCCGGGCCAUGGGAUGGGGCCGGGAUUCCGAGCCAGCAACCCGUCGACGUCUGGCCCGAAUUUUCCCCAUGGUCAGCCCAGACCGCAGAGGUUUGGGGCGCCGGGACUGCCCCCUGCAGUGGUGGGUGAGGCACCCCCUUUCAGGAUGGAGCCAUCCACCCCGCUGCCUCCCUCAUACCCCGGGCCAGGCCAGUCACUCAUCCAGUUGUACUCCAAUAUCAUCCCUGAGGAAAAGGGCAAGAAGAAGAGGAACACAAAGAAGAAGAAGGACGACGAUGCUGACUCAGUGCGGACGCCCUCCACCCCACACUCUGACCUCACUGCCCCGCUGACUCCGGCAGUUUCUGAUACCUCCUCCACUCCCACCCGGAUUGCCCAGCACUUGGGCGAGUCGGACCCUUCCGAACCUUCGUUGGGCCCCUCCACCCCUGGCCCCCUCGGCGACCAUGCCCAUUCCAAGUUGAACCGGGAAUCAUCGGGAAGUAUUGGCUGUCCUCCACACCAGCAGGUGGCGACGCUCCGCGAGAUCAAGCUGGAACAGAUGGACAACAGUGAGUGCCAAGUAGGCAGGGACACGCAGCUGGAAGCACCCACAGCACCCGGGACGGUGAAAGUGGAAGAAGAGCUGGAGGGUCAAAGCCCCACCCAGACAGCCAAGGGGGAUUCUGGGAAUGAGCUUUUGAAACACCUACUGAAGAACAAGAGCACUCCACCGCUACUGCCUAAUCAGAGACCUGGUGAUGGUCUGCCAUUGGACGAAGGGCGUUCAGCUGACGGCAGCGCCCCCCAGAGGCACAGUAGCAUAGACAGCAUUGGGGUGGCGAACACAGGGUGCCGCCUGACCGGUCCCCAUCCGGAGCGUGGAAUUCCACUCCCUGAGCCGGAUAAGAAGAAGCAGCGGAAUAAGCGGGCACCCAAGGGAGGUGAGAAGCCCACCCCACGUUCCAAGAAGAGGAGGAAGGAGGAAGAGGAGAGGGCGUACCCCAGCACGGACACGCUGAUGACGCAACUCAAACAGCAGCUGUCCCUCCUGCCCCUGAUGGAGCCCCUUGUGGGCGUCAGCUUCUCGCACUUCCCCCCGUACGGCAGUGGCCAGCUGGACGGCGAGAGCCAGCUCUCUGGGGCCUUUGGCAGUGCGUCGCUGGGCGGCAUGUCCGACUACUACUCCCAGCUCAUCUACAAACAGGACAACCUCAGCAAUCCGCCCACGCCCCCAGCCUCUCUGCCUCCGACCCCCCCGCCGCUGGCACGGCAGAAGAUGGUGAAUGGGUUCGCUACCACAGAAGAGUUGGCCACCAAGGCCGUCGUCAUGGUGACCAAAGGUCUGGGAGCCAGGAGCUUCCAGGCUCCUUUUCGCCCUGAAGAUGAGCUGCUUGUGCGAGCGAUCGCCCAAGGCCCCAAAACGGUGGAUGUGCCCGCCUCGCUUCCCACGCCCCCCCACAACAACCACGAAGAGCUCAGGGGCCAGGAACCCUGUGAGGAUCGGGACACCCCCGACAGCUUCGUCCCUUCCUCAUCCCCAGAGAGUGUGGUUGGCAUGGAGAUCAGCCGCUACCCAGACCUGUCACGGGUGAAGGAGGAGCCCCCAUCGCCCGCCCCCUCUCCCAUAAUCCCCAUGCUGCCGAGCUCCAACGGGAAAGUGUCUGGAACCAGACCGCGGGAGGUGAAGACAGAACCUUCCAGCAUGUUCUUCGGAUCUCAGACUGCGAAUGACUCCAAAGCUGGCCUGGUAUCCAUAGCGAUAACCCUGAACCCAGCGGCGGCGGAGAACAUCACCAGCGUGGUAGCAGCCGUAGCGAACCUCCUGGAUGUGAAGAUCCCCAGCAGCUAUGAGGUCAGCGGGGGGGCCGACUGGGGGCCCCUGGCACUGCUAGGGGGCCUCAGGGUCCCCCACCAGGGCUUUGCGGCACGGGUGCCCAGCCUCCUCCAGGGCGCCGGCACUGCCAGGUUCACAAGACCCGCCGGAGCCUUGGGACCAACGCAGCCGCAGCUCAGCUUCACCCCCAUCAGCACCGGUCCACCUGCGGUUCAGGGCAAAGCUCACCCUGCGGACCAGAGCCCGGGACCCAGGCCACAGUGGUGCUGCCACUGCAAAGUGGUCGUCCUGGGAAACGGAGUCCGGAAAUCCACCAAGGACCUGGGCGCUCUCAAACAGGAACCGCAAGAGAUCCAGGGUGGUGUGGAUGGGAACAUGGUGUUCUGCAGCCACACCUGCUUCAUCCUCUACUCAUCCACACGGCGGUCCAAGAACGUCAGCGUGAAGCAGGUGCCGAUUGCCCCCCCUCCCCCGGCGUCGCCGUUGAAAGCCCUGCACCAAUACAGCAAUAACAUGUCGGCACUGGACGUGCACUGCUUAGCGCAGCUGCAGCCCCGCAGCCCGGCGCCGCCCUCCUCGCCGCCACUCACCUUCCCGCCUGCUUUCGCCGAGGCUGGCAAGACUGAGUCAAAGGCCGACGCCCUCAGGGUGACAGUGAAGCUGAAGCCCCGCCUCCGCGCCGUGCACAACGGCACCGACGACCUGCGGCACCACGGCAAGCGGUGGAAGGGCACCCGCUGGAGGAAGUGGAGCGUGCAGGUGGUAGUGCCCAGCACUGGAUCCCAGUUGCCCUCUGAGGACGAGGUGGACGGGCUGCUCCGGAAGCUGGGUGCCUCGCUGCGACCCGACCCGCUGCCCCGGGACCAGCGGCGCUGCUGCUUCUGCCACGAGGAGGGCGACGGGCUCACAGACGGGCCGGCGCGGCUGCUGAACCUAGACUUGGACCUGUGGGUGCACCUUAACUGCGCGCUGUGGUCUACAGAGGUGUACGAGACGCAGGCCGGCGCCCUCAUUAACGUGGAGCUGGCGCUGCGGCGUGGCCUGGCAGUGCGCUGCGCUUACUGCCAGCGCACCGGCGCAACCAGCGGCUGCCAGCGCAUGCGCUGCACCAAUGUCUACCACUUCACCUGCGCGCUGCGCGCCCACUGCAUGUUCUUCAAGGACAAGACCAUGCUGUGCCACGCCCACCGGCCACGCAGCGGCGCCCAGGAGCACGAGCUGCGCUGCUUCGCCGUCUUCCGACGCGUCUACGUGCAGCGGGACGAGGCGCGGCAGCUGGCCAGUGUGGUGCGGCGCGGCGAGCGCGACCACACAGUGCGCGUCGGCAGCCUCCUGCUCCACACUGUGGGUCAGCUGCUACCUCAGCAGAUGGCCGCCUUCCACUCGGCCACUGCCAUCUUCCCAGUAGGCUAUGAGGCCUGCCGCAUUUACUGGAGCAUGCGGCACGGCAACCGCCGCUGCCUCUACUUGUGCUCCAUUGACGAGCACGAUGGGAAGCCCGAGUUCAGCAUCCGUGUGGUGGAGCAGGGCUACGAGGACCUGGUGCUCACUGACACCACACCCAAAGGAGUGUGGGACAAGGUGCUGGGGCCAGUAGCGGAGCGGAGAAGCGAGUCGGGCACGCUGAAGCUCUUCCCUGUCUACCUGAAAGGCGAAGACCUGUUUGGGCUCACUGUGUCUGCUGUGACCCGCAUCGCAGAGUCGCUCCCGGGGGUGGAGGCCUGCAAGGGCUACACCUUCCGCUACGGCCGUAACCCACUCAUGCAGCUGCCCCUGGCCGUGAACCCGUCAGGCUGCGCCCGCUCCGAGCCCCGGACCAGCCCUCAUGCCAAGAGGUUUGUGUUAAGGCCAUACACUCUCACCAGCAGCAGCUCCUCCAAGUCCUUCCAGAGUGCGGUCAGUGGCGAGGCCGGAACCCCUUACAGCAAGCAGUUCGUUCACUCCAAGUCAUCCCAGUACCGCCGGAUGAAGGCGGAGUGGAAGACCAGCGUGUUUCUGGCUCGGUCUCGCAUCCAGGGGUUGGGACUGUUUGCUGCCAAAGACAUAGAGAAAUACACCAUGGUGAUUGAGUACAUCGGAAGUGUCAUUCGGAACGAGGUGGCCAACAAGAAGGAGAAGAUGUACGAAGCUCAGAACCGUGGGGUGUACAUGUUCCGAAUUGACAGUGAGCGUGUUGUCGACGCCACCCUCCGCGGAGGUCCUGCCCGGUAUAUCAAUCAUUCUUGUGCACCGAACUGUGUGGCUGAGGUGGUCACGUUCGAGAGAGGCCAAAGGAUCAUCAUCAGUUCAAAUCGGAAAAUUCAGAAAGGAGAAGAGCUCUGCUACGACUACAAGUUUGACCUUGAAGAUGACCAGCACAAAACCCCUUGUCACUGCGGGGCAGUCAACUGUCGGAAGUGGAUGAACUGAGACGAAGGGGAAAGCGGAACGGAAACUCGCAGAGGGAAGCCGUGCUCCCCGUGACGCUAACAGCCUCGUCCGAUGGGAGCCGGAGCCCAGAAAACGUGUGGCGAUGGCGCCCAGCCGAGGGUGGAUGGGGGAAAAAACAACAGCAGCAGCAUCCAGCCAUCCCGGAGUUUGCCGGACGAGCAAACGACAGUUUGAAAGCCUGAAAGGAAAGGGACGGGGAGGGGCGGGGG